AUGCCCGAGAAGGUGGUCGUCGUAGGCGCCGGUCCUGUUGGAGCACUCGCAGCUCUGUAUGCCGCCGUUCGAGGUCAUGAUGUCGACAUCUAUGAGCUGCGCCCAGACAUUCGAGACCCCGCUACGGCACCCUUGAACUGGAACAAAUCCAUCAAUCUUGCGCUGUCUGAACGAGGAAUAAACGCUCUCCAAAAUACCGGUCUUCCCGAUCUGGCCGAUGCGGUUCUUGGCGAGACGUUCCCUAUGCAUGGUCGCAUGAUCCACCUCGAAAAGAAAGGCGAGUAUGUUCGCAUACCACAGCUCUAUGAUCCGAGAGGCAAGAGCCUACUCGCUCUCGACCGGGCAGAGCUCAACAAAGCACUCCUCGACCAUCUGGAAUCCAUGCCUAAUGUCAAAUUCUUCUUCAACCACAAGCUUCUCUCCGUCGACUUCAGGAAACAGCUCGCCUGGUUCGACAAACACAACAAGUCUGAAGCCCCCGAAGAGCGCGGCACCGAGAUCGAAAUCAAAUUCGACUUCAUGAUCGGAGCCGACGGCGCCCACUCCGCCGUCCGCUAUCACCUGAUGAAAUUCGUCCCAAUGUCCUACCAGCAAGAAUACAUCGACAAGCUCUGGUGCCAGUUCCACAUCCCGUCGACCCCUGCUGGCGACUUCCGCCUCCCCCCGAACUACCUCCACAUCUGGCCGCACGAUGAUUCCAUGUUCAUCGCGCUGCCCAACCUCGACAAGACCUUCACCGCAACCCUCUUCCACACACGGUCCGGCUUCGAAGCCCUCGACGCCUCGAGGAAGGUAGCAGACUAUUUCACCACGCACUACCCCUCCGUCGUGCCGGACCUGAUCACUGCAGCAGACCUGCAGAAACAAUACACGGAGAACGCGCACCUCCCCCUCAUCUCCAUCAAAUGCACACCCUACCACUAUACCAGCACAGGCGUCAUUCUCGGCGACGCCGCACACGCCAUGGUCCCGUUCUACGGCCAAGGCAUGAACGCCGGCCUGGAAGACGUCUUCGCCUUGUUCACCCUCCUCGACGCACACCCCUCCGACCGCGCAACCGCCCUGGCACAGUAUUCCGCAACCCGCACGCCCGACGCACACACCAUCAACGACCUCGCGCUCGGCAACUACCGCGAGAUGGCUACGGAUGUGAAGAGCAGGGUGUACCUUCUGCGCAAGUGGACAGAGGAGAAGCUGGAUCUGUGGGUCCCGAGCUUGGGCUGGGCGACGCAGUACAGCCGUGUGACGUUUAGUAAUAUGCGGUAUUCGGAGGUGCAGCGGCGGGCGCACUGGCAGGCCGCCGUAUUUAACGGCGUGCUGGCCGGCGGGUUGGCGGUUGUUCUGGGCGCAACGCUGUGGUGGUCGAGGGCGGGCGGUGUGCAGAGGGUGAAGAUGGGCGUGCUCAGGGGCAUAUGUAAAGUGGCGCAGUGGAUUGCGGGACCGCCUCAGACGAGGCGGUGA